CGAGUAUACGUAUCACCAGGGUAUACAUUGCGAUGGCAGUACUGAUCUUGGGCGUGGCCGUCCGUCUUCAUCGUCUCGCUUAUUCUCCCGCUUCUCGCCUCCUCAUACGAAGACCUUCCACAGCCAUUUCCUCCCUUGGCGGCAGAAACGUUGCGAGUAUGAGCGACAAGGGCGAGCAUACUCAUGGAAGGUGGUAUUCUGUGCCCGACCUUCGCCUUCGUGACCAUUGGUUCUCCGUCCCUUUCGAUUACACCUCCUCGGAUAGCUCUACCAGGAUAUUCGUCUUCGCCCGAGAGGUGGUUGCAGUUGGUAAAGAAGAGCAACCGCUGCCACAUUUAUUAUAUCUUCAAGGUGGACCGGGCUUUGAAUGUCCACGGCCAACUGAAGCUAGUGGUUGGCUGAAGAAAGCUUGUGAAGAAUACCGUGUCAUAUUGCUUGAUCAGCGAGGAACAGGCUUAUCAACUCCACUUACAGUGUCUUCGUUAUCUCAAAUAAAGUCUGCUUCCCAGAAAGCGGACUUCUUACAACAUUUUCGUGCAGACAAUAUAGUAAGAGAUGCUGAAUUUGUUCGUGUGCAUCUUGUACCAAAUGCUGAACCUUGGACAGUACUGGGCCAGAGUUUUGGUGGCUUCUGUGCUGUUACAUAUCUGAGUUUUGCUCCAGAAGGCUUGAAAUCAGUCCUUUUAACUGGUGGGCUUCCUCCAAUUGGUAGAGGCUGCACUGCAGAUACUGUCUACAGAGCCUGCUUUGAACAGAUAAUCCAUCAAAAUGAGAAAUAUUACCAGAGAUUUCCUGAAGAUAUUGACAUUGUCCGUGAAGUAGUUAUUUAUUUGGAAGAAUCUGAAGGUGGUGCGGUUCCUCUUCCAUCUGGGGGGUUAUUAACUGCUAGAGGACUGCAAAGCCUUGGUCUUUCAGCAUUAGGUUCUAGUACUGGUUUUGAACGCUUGCAUUACAUGUUUGAGAGGGUUUGGGAUCCUGCUCUACUGAAAGGGGCUCCAAAGCGCAUCAGUUACUUCUUCCUGAAGGCGUUCGAAGACUGGAUGAGUUUUGAUAGAAACCCACUGUAUGCUAUACUGCAUGAGGCUAUAUAUUGCCAAGGAGCUUCAUCACGAUGGUCUGCUCAAAGGGUGAGGGAUGAGUUUGAGGCCAGAUUCAAUGCGGUACUGUCAGCAAGAGAAAAGCGGCCCAUACUGUUCACUGGAGAGAUGAUAUUUCCGUGGAUGUUCGAUGAAAUUCAUGCAUUGCGUCCUCUAAAAGAAGCUGCUCAUUUGCUUGCUGAGAAGGAGGAUUGGCCUUCAUUGUAUGACAUAGACACAUUGAAAAAUAAUAAGGUGCCAGUUGCUGCUGCUGUUUAUUAUGAAGACAUGUAUGUGAACUUCAAAUUGGCCAUGGAUACUGCUUCUCAAAUUGCGGGCAUCAGACUGUGGAUAACUAAUGAGUAUAUGCAUUCUGGUCUACGUGAUAGUGGCAGCCAAGUAUUUGAUCAUUUAAUGGGCAUGUUGAAAGGAAAGAGGCCUUUGUUCUGAGAAGCAUGUCAUUAAAUGCUGAGCCUAUGUGUUUUUAAGCUUAUCAACGUUAAUCACUUUAUUGUAUUUGAAUUGAUGACUAGCCUUUCACUGGCCAGCCAGUUCCAGCUACCAUGUCCUCGUUGGGGUCAAAAUUGAUGUCAGUAUAAAAUUUUCCAUCGUACCACAAAAGGUCGGAAAAAAAGAAAAAAAAACUUCCAGUACUUGUUGGACCCUUCAAAGUUAACGUAAAGCUUCUUCUAUGAUAAUUGAAAGUUCCAUUAA